AUUGCAUUAUGGGUCACAUUUCUGUUUCCGGUCAUAGACAAAUGCGGAAGUGAGGCGUUUUACCGGAGGAGAUAAGUAAAAGAUACUCGGCUACCGAAGAAAAGUUUGCCGAACACCAGAGAAAAGUAAGACAACUACGGGCACAACGUCAAGCAGAAGAAAACAUCAUGUCAGCAGAACAAAUGCAACAGGCUGUGAGUCGUCUGGAAGCAGUGGCAGCAAGACUUGAGACAUUGGCCGUCGCUGGUGUGAAACCUGGCAGCAGUGCAGCACCUUCAGCUGGCCCAGAAGUAACAGCACCAUUUGUCAAGGCGUUUGAUGCAAUACUGAAUGGAGAGUUUGCACGCUUCUUAGAAUGUAGCAGCAAGAUAGGGGGUGAUGUUGAAACACAGGCCAAUAUGGUUAAAGCAUCGUUUCAGACUUUGAGAGAUUUCCUCGUUACUGCAUCGAAGAGCAAGAAGCCUGCUCAGAAUGUAUUGUCUGAGCUGUUGAGUCCGCUUUCUCAGCAUAUUUCUUCCAUACAGGAAUUCCGGGAGAAAAACAGAACAAGUCCAAACUUCAACCAUUUGUCUGGCAUCUCCGAGUCCAUUCCUGCACUUGGCUGGGUAGCUGUGGAGCCCACUCCAGGACCUUAUGUUAAAGAUAUGCAGGAUGCUGGACAGUUCUACACAAACCGAGUUCUCAAGGAUUAUAAGGAAAAAGAUCAGACGCAUGUAGAUUGGACAAAGGCAUGGAAUGGCACCCUUAGAGAGAUGAUUACUUACAUCAAAGACAACCAUACUACAGGUGUCUCUUGGAAUCCACAGGGAGGAGAUGCGUCAGCAGCAGCAGCCAGCAAGCCAGCAGCGGGUGGAGCAGCACCGCCACCUCCCCCACCAGGUCCUCCGGCCCCACCACCGCCCCCACCAGCCACAGCACCAGCUCCAGAAGGGGAUGGCGGGCAAGAUUCUCAUGCAGCUUUGUUUGCUGAGAUAAAUAGAGGAACUGCUAUAUCAUCUGGCCUUAAGAAGGUAACAGAUGAUAUGAAGACACACAAGAACCCGGCACUGAGGGCCGGCAGCACAGUGACAAGUUCAUCUGGGGUUCGCACUGGACCUGCUCCCUUCAAGGCAACAGUUCCUCCCAAACCUGCCCCAAAACCUGGCAGCAAACCUGCACCUGCUGCCAAGCCACCAGUGCUUGAACUUCAGGAUAAAAAAUGGAUAGUGGAAUAUCAAGUAGGAAACAAAACUAUGGUGAUAGAAGAUACAAACAUCAAGCAGGCAGUGUAUAUGUUUAAAUGUCAAGAUAGUACCUUACAGAUCAAAGGAAAAGUCAACUCCAUCAUUGUAGAUAGUUGUAAGAAGGUAGCCAUAGCAUUUGAUGAUGUAGUAUCUUCUAUAGAAUUUGUCAACUCACAGAGUGUUCAGGCACAGGUGAUGGGAAAAUGCCCCACUGUUAGUAUUGACAAGACUGAUGGGUGUAUGAUGUACCUCAGUAAAGACUCGUUAGAUGCCGAAAUAGUCACGGCUAAGUCAUCUGAAAUGAAUAUCUUAGUCCCUAAAGAAGACGGAGAUUUCGCUGAAUUCGCUUUGCCAGAACAAUUUAAGACUACCUGGAAUGGUAAAAAGUUUUCAACAGAUUGUACGGAAAGCGUUUGAGACUAGGGCAGCAACAUAUCUGUUAAUACCUGGCUCGAUAUUUUCUACUGUCUGUGCUUCAUUCCAUUGUAUGUUUUACUGACUCUUCCAAAAAAGUAGUCCUAAAAGUUUGUAACAUUUUUAUACUUAUCUAAGUUAUAGACAUCUAGCAUGAGUAAACAAAUUGAAUUGUUCAGAGAAAAAAUAUUGUUAUUUAUGCCAUUUCAUUAUGCAAAUUGCUAUCUUUUUCAAAAUUAGAGUUAUUUGAUAUUGCAGUUAAUUUAAAAGUCGACCAUAUUUAUGUCUUUAAUCAUUUUUUGUACUAUGAAUAUGUGAAUGAAAACCAAAAAUCUUAGUGAAGCGAGAAAUACUUCAGUAUUGGCAGUAAUGUAACUUCUCUUAAAAUGAAAGCCCUAGAGGUUGAUGAUUGCUAUUCGGAUUAAGAUUUGAUAAAUACAGGACAAUGAAAUGUAAAUUGUACAUGUUUUCUUGCCGUAUUUGAAUUCUCGAAAAGUAUAAUGGUAUUCAAUUAUUAUUUUUUCACCUUCCUUUAAAAAUUGUACCUGGACAUAACAUAGUUGCAUGGACUUAGUAAAAGAGUAAUUUUACUUUUGAAAUGUUUUUGAUUGACCUUACUUUCUAGGAUUUUAAAUCACUACAUAGUAUUACCUAAUGGACUGAUUUCCAAUGUUUGAAACAAAUGAGAUUAUUUUAUUGUUAAGAAGAGUGAAAAAAUAUAUAGAACAAACUGAUAAUGGAUGAAAUGCUUGCUUGAAGGAGACACAUUGCUUAGCUUGAAAAACUUACAAUGUAAAUUAAAUACUUUUUUUCCCCCAAUAUUAGCUACUGUCUAGCUCAGUGUUAUACCUAUGAAAGUAAAAUGUUUAAAUUGCCAUAAUGACACCCUUUUCAGGAUUUUUUGUCUUUCAAACAUUUGGUCUCAAAUGUGUUUAGUUUGGUAAUACAAAAUGUACCAGUUUUUGCAGAAGAGUUCAGAAGACGUCAGUUAAUGCGGAAUUCUUGCAUGACAAAGCGAUUAUCUCUAAUUAGAUAUUCUAAUUUUUUAUAGAAACAUUCAAAGUUAUUUUUCCAGAGUUAUAAUGCCUUAAUUGUUGAUACACUGUUUUCUUGAUUAUGUAUAUUAAUUUUUUUAAUUCUUGAUACUGUAUCACAUGUUGAAAUAUUCACUUAGUAUAUAAAAAGAUGUACCCGACUAUGCUGGUGUAACAUAUCAAUGUAGUGUGCUAGAUGAAAUCUGCUUGUCUGUUCUAAAUACUGUAUUAUAUGCUGAUGGACAAAACCAGUGUCAGGCAAAACAUGUCUGGUUAAUGUUUUGUACACAUGAAAAAAAAAACACAAAAAAGAAUAAAACACUUCUGUGACUUUUACAAAAUCUUCACCAUGUAUUUCAUGUACUCUAUAUAAUAUUUGAUGACAUAGAUAAAAGUCUAUAAAGAAUUUAUGUACAAUAUAAUUACUAAUUAAAAAGGAUAAAGUGAAAUAGUUAUGAGAAGAAAAUCAGAAGGAAUAAUAUCCUUAUUGAAAAGCUGUUUUUGCUUGGGCUUUGACCACUAUUGUAAAAUUAGGUGGGAGGUGUGUGGUCCGAGAAAAUUUUUGUCCUGCACUAAGUAUUACAUUGUUAGAGCCAGUUUUUUAUUGUUAUAUAUUCAUUGCAAACAUUGCCUCAGUCUGAAUGUCAGGAUGUGUGUCUUUAUGAAUAUAAAUAAAUCAUUUCAAUUUACUGUAUGUUUGUAAAUGUUUAUAUUUUAUGAACAGUAAGUGUAUAUUUCUACAUUUCAUGGGAACAGGUUUUUGCUUUAAGACAUAACCCAACUGACAUAAUAUCCUACUUACAUAUCUGUAUGUGCAAUAUUGAUUAUAAAUGUCAGCCUAUGAAGCUCCUUCAUGACUUUUUCAGUUUAACAGUAAAAUUAUAGGGGUCACGACCACACCUUACAUGACAUCAAUACUGAUUUAUCUAGGAAGAUGACUCAAGAGUGGUUCAAAUUUGUUUGAAGUUUUCAUCACAAUGUAGCUAAAAUAAUUUGUAUAAACUAAAUGAUUGGAAUGAGUAAAAGUUUGAAAUAUUUUACAUUUUUAUAAGAAAUUUUAAUAUGUUUGUAAGAAAUACAGCACUGCAUUCUUAAGCAAAAAGAUGGUCUUUGAAAUCCCUGGUGUCAAAAGAAUUCAGCUUGUUUCAGUUUAUAUACUGUAGUUGACAGGGGGCUGGCAAAUCUAUCAAAAUUCUUUGUUUAUUCUUGUUUUAAUAAAUUUCACGUCCACCUCGGUUUAUAGUAUGAUGUGAAUGAUGUGUGUAAAAUGUAUAAUUCUUGUUGAACUAAAUGUAUCCUGCUCAAAAUGAUUAUAUAUAAUUUCUCUGGUAGUUACGAGGAUUGUUGUUUGUAGAUGUUCUUCUGUCGCUAUUCCACAGUUACAGUCAGAUUCAAAAUCAUAUUUCCGGCAAAGGUUACACACCUACUAUUAAGUUGCCUAUUGUUAAGGUGGUUGUAUUUACAAAGUCCAAAGAACUGACAAUAACUUUUCCAGUUCUAAUAGAAUUCUAUGUGGACUGUGAUACCCACCCUCAUGCCCUUCAAUGAGCUUGUUUUUAACCUUUUCUGGAAGAGACAUUGUGAUUCUGACUGUAUGUAUUACAUAAAGACAACAGGCCAAACAUACUGUGCAAUUUGAAUUGAUCAAAAAAUUUAGUGUGAUCAAAAACACGAAAAAUGGAAAUGCUUUAACUUCUUCUACACACACAUUGCAAGAAUUAUUUAGUCUCUUUCAAAAGAAAUGCUUGCCUUCUUGCACAGUGCAGCAAUAAUUUGCUAUAAAGUUUGCAUUUGCACCUAUCAAAAAACAGUAAUGAAUUUAAAUAAAUUUGAGAAAGAGGACCACUGUUACUCUCUUGAGAUAAGGAAUGUGGCAUGAUCUUUUUGAAAGAAGUGAAGAACAAGUUGAAUCCCAGUUAUGAUUGUUAAUAAAGAUUAUAUUUGUAUACAUAAUUUUUACCUGUAGGUCACAACUUUUAUACUCUCUUUCAGAUAUCUGUACUUUUAAAAAGCAAGACUUAGUUCUGAUUAUAGCAGCAUAUUUAGUGUUUGUUUAUAAUGAAAAUGUAGCGCAUGCUUAAGUUUCUGUAUAACUGUGUUUUUGUUUCCUUUUAGCUUCAGUUAUGUACAAUGUAAGCUUUUGUAUAACUUAGGAUCAAAUAAAAUUAUUAUUUAUCUAA